UAGUUUCAUAUUUGGUACCAAUUUUGUGAUCUCCUGACCAGUGCGAUUUCAGUCAUGAAAUUCGGGUAUUAAACUAAAACCUACUCUGACCAGUUUGAUAUUCCACUGUACAGACUAACCAGCAUGUACAUAUAUUAAUAUUUAUAUUUGUAUGUAUGUACAAAAGUAGUUAGUUGGUAAAAUCUCAAUAAAGCACAGUAUUUUAGUCUUACUGUAGUGGUUUAGCAUAGACGUUGGUCGGCUGAAGGAAUAACAAAACGGUUGUUGUGCUGUCAUCGUUUUUGUCAUCUCUUCUAAGCGGUGUAAUACUUGGCACCACGAAAGUUUACAAAAUUUCACUCAAGUAUGAAAUUUUUUUGAAUUUCGUACCUAAAUUUGGUGAAAGUGAAGUGAAAUUUCAUAUAUUCGAAAAAAAAACUGUGGUGUUUGGAAAACAUGCCUACAAUGUGUUCUUUCCAACUGGACCGCAUGGAUGCGGUCUACAAUAGUGGCGAAUACAUACACGGGCGUAUUGUAUUGAAAACAGAAAAAUUGAAACGCGUAAAUGCCGUGUUUGUAACGCUCGAAGGUGAGGCACGUGUCCAAUGGUCACUCAGCGGCAAAACCGACUCGGCUAACUACUGUGGUCAUCAGCAAUACUUGUAUACGCGCACCAAUGUCUUCGAUAGUCCCGAGUUUCGAGCGGGUACACACGUUUAUGUCUUAAGACUACGCAUACCGUCCGGUUGUCCGUCCUCCUGCAAAGGCCCGUAUGGUUUUAUAGCUUAUAACAUCUCGUUGACUAUUGCCAAGCCAUGGACGUUCGAUGAAAUAUUUCGCAAACCCAUAACUGUGGUACAAGCAUUAAACUUGAAUCACAAUCCGGAGUAUGGGCUGCCAAUACGUGAUGAAAAUGUGAAAUAUCUCUGCAAUUGGCCAUGCACCUCUGGACCCAUCAUGUACACAUUGCUACUGCCUUACAAUGGUUUCGUCGCACGUCAACAGAUAACCUUUUUCCUCGAAGUGGACAACCAAUCGCCGCACUAUGACAUCUCCAGCGUUGAGGCUUCACUCAAACAACAUUUCAUAUUCCUUGCACGCCAGCCUUAUAAACGUAACUUCUAUACAAAAACUUUAGCGAAAAGUAUUAUUACGGAACGUACUCUACGACUAACGAAGCGCAUGUAUCAGGGUACAGUAUGUGUACCCUCCGAUACACCACGAUCAACGCUAAAUCCUAACUAUAUUGUUUUUGUACAUUAUACGCUGCAGGUAAAGUUGAAAACCGGUUAUUUUCACUAUGAUACAGAUCUGUCAGUACCGGUGGUAAUUGGUACAAUACCGUUACAACAACAUGGCGUUCAAAUGGUGACCACAACACAGCCGCGACGGAUCAGUACACGUGAUAUAUCCAACAUAGAAGAGGAAGAUGGCGAUGUAGCGGGUGAACAGUGGAGUGUGCAGGCGGAAAUUAAUCAGACGGAAGAGGAUGGUGAGGAUGACGACGACGACGACGACGAUGACGUGAUCCAGCAAACAACGAGUAGUCAAGUGAGGGCACAAAGAACACGUGCGCAAGACAUAAGCAAUAACAAUGAGGAUGAUGAGCCCCCUUCCUAUGACAGUUGUUUGCCCCCCUCCUUCAGUUUCGCCACACUCAGCAGUCAACAAACACUGGACAGCGUGGGUCAAUCGUCAGAUACCAAAAUGCGUGCAAAUCAACAACAACGUACGAUCAAAUUACCUAAAUUUCCUGGCUAUGAUAUCAUUGCUGCCUCAACGCAGGCCAUUAAUACGUCAGCAGAUUCAGCGUUGAGCUUGAACUAUUACCGUUCCUACGGUUCGCUUGGUACAGGGCAAACUGGACGCAGUUUGGAUACAUUCGCCUCGAGUUGUGGUGUACUCAGUGAAACGGAUGAACAGGUGCAUGAAGCGAACGGCGAUGAUGAUGAUGACGACGAUGAUGAAGACAUUUUUUAAAAACCAAAAAAAAAAAAAUUAUUGUAACAAUGUUAAACUGAUUUAAGUGCCAAAUUAAUUAACCAGAAAAGUGCCAAAGACUACAAUGAAGCAACUUGCCACUCGCCAUAUGCCAAUACCUCAUUUUGUAGUUUGUAAAUUAUUAAAGUGCUUGUAGUAGUAUUAUAUUAAAAAAAAAAAAAAUAUUUCCACUUGACGCUUUAGAAUUAGUGUACAAAACGUUAUACGAUUAAAUAAUUUGGUUGUAGAAGCUUUGACUUU